AAGAAGCACCUCCUUUGGGUUUCGGUCAAGUCGGUCAAAAAUAGUGCAUGAACCAAACUAAAACGUGGCUCUGCUUCGUCUCUUGUAUCUUCUGGGUACCUAAUGAGGUAAGAUUAUCUAGCUGUAUUUUCGAUAAUUGUCUUAAUAUCCUCCUGUCCUAGCCACCCUCCUUGUCCUUGCUGAAUAGCACGCGGAUGCAGCCUACAACUCACGCGUAAACGAAAAAAGGUGCAGUCUCAAAAGAACAUCGACAGGCACAGAAGAUGCUAGUAUUGGACAGGACAAGUUUCGAACGGGUGAGAUGAGGAGAUCCUCGCCACAGGAGAAUAAACGCCAGAGGAGUCUACCAGAAGUAGUGAAGUUCACGACGAUCGUAGUCCAGCUGAUGCACCGGGUGAAGCGAGCCUAGUACAACUCUUGCUACAACAGAAAAAUGACGAGAAGAAUGAUUACGAGGUCGCGAUUCUCAGAAUGUGCUUCGGCAUUAUACAUAUACUAGGGUUAGACUGGAUCGCCUUUACUGGGACAACUUCUAGUUCAAGAGAGUUACUCUCGAGAACAGCUUGACGAGGAUGGCGAUUUCGGAGAUCGAUCAAAAGAACGCACUUUUUAGCAGCCCUUUAUGAAAAGGGAAAUAUAAUCAUCCAAAUCCCAUAUUAUAUGGGACCCAUAAGAUGAUUGCCAAAGAAGUUUUGAUUUAGAUUUUGUUUCGCAAAGACUUUAGACGUUGAUGUUAUUGAUGUUGAGGUAACGUUGGAUUUAGAUGAUUCCGCAUCUUGAUAGCUGACCCUUAGAGUUUCCUUGAAGAUGUAGUUCCCAGUACUAAAACUCGAGAGUAUCCCAAGCUAAAUUCAAUUGACUACAAACAGCUACCCUUGGAAUCAUACGAUAGGAUGGAGGAUCUGAAGCUUUUCUUAAGAUAGAGCGCCAGCGCCUACUUUUUUACUAGUGUACGUAGUUUUACAUGAAGUCGGAUCGAGAAUUUAGAAAUGCUUCUACUUCAUCCUCCUCACGUGGAAGUCUAUUUAGACGAAAAGAUGUUUGGGUUCCGAGCUCCUGACAACUGAUCAAUUGUUCCUACUUGCAAUUUUCAUUGAUCACAAUAGAGCAGUAGCAUCUCCACGAUCUGGAAUCUUUAGAUUGUCUGCUG